UCAUAUUCACAUAUCAGUGUGUGUGACACAUAAAUUAAGUUAUAGAGCUAAACCUUCCCUCUUAAACCUUCCUUCUCUCCCUUCUCACAAGGGGCAAUUCAGAGAGAGAGAGAGAGAAAGAGUUUUCAUAAUAACAUAAUUAACUAUGUCGUCCCACCAUAGUCAUCUAUCUUUUGCCUUUGGAGUUCUAGGCAACAUUUCAUCCUUCUUUUGCUUUUUGGCACCACUACCAACAUUUUAUAGAGUUUGGAAGAAGAAAUCAACCGAAGGUUUUCAAUCAAUUCCUUAUGUGGCUGCACUAUUCAGUGCAAUGCUUUGGCUAUUUUAUGCCUAUAUGAAGACCGGUGAAACUCUUCUUAUCACCAUUAAUGCAUUCGGUUGUGUGAUUGAGACAAUUUAUCUUGCCAUUUAUGUCACUUACUGCCCCAGAAAAGUUAGGAUGUCGACAUUGAAGAUGAUUGUGUUGAUGAACUUUGUGGGAUUUGGCGCGAUUGUCGUGUUAACUCAUGUCAUAUUUGAAGAUGAAAAACAACGUAUCAAGCUUCUUGGAUGGAUUUGUGUAGUUUUUGCUACUAGUGUUUUUGCAGCCCCUUUAAGCAUUAUUAGGGUUGUUAUUCGCACCAAAAGUGUAGAGUUCCUUCCAUUUCCUCUUUCACUUCUCCUCCUCAUCAGUGCCAUUAUGUGGCUUUUGUAUGGUAUUUCUCUCAAAGAUAUCUAUGUUACCCUCCCGAACGUUGUGGGGUUAACCUUUGGAAUAGUUCAGAUCACACUGUAUGCAAUUUACAGAAAGAGUACACCAGUAAAUAAUGAUCAGCUACCAGAACACAAAGAUGAUGUUAUCAACGAUGAAUUAGAAACAAGCAAUGAUGAUGAGAAGAAAAUCGAAGUGAAAGUUGACAUAGAAAUUGUGGAGAAAAAAGAAGAAGAACGUGAUGAUAAGGAGCAACAAGUAACUGAGGAAAAAGCAGAGGAAAAAGAAAACAUUAAUAGUAACAAGAAAACAGAGGAGGUAAUUAAGGGUGGUUGUGAAGUUUAAUGAAGAUUGUUAAUUAGAAUUAAGGGUCAAUUUACUACAUAUGAAUCUGUCUCUAAUAACGUGUAAGAUUGUAAGACGCAUAUAAAGAAGAGAAGAGACGAUGUAGAUACUAUUGACGUCUGUAUCUUCAUUUCUGCUUGUUUGUUUACAAUUACAUGUACUACUUCUACUUUUUAACUUUUCUUUUUUGUUGGAAUGUGUUUUUCUCUUUUGUUUACUUCAACCUAAUUAUAAUUAUAUAAUAACAAUAGUAUAAUAGAUUCUCCCCAAUUUCUGGAGGAGAAGCUUAUGGAAA